AUGAAGCCGGUCCUGCUCGCUGUGGUGUGCCUCCUCUCGCUGGUGGCCCUCUCCUCCGCCGUCCUCCGUGCCGGCGUCGCCAAAAUUGACGGUACCUUGCCGGACAAGGGCGGGGUGGGUGUUCCGUUGGCCGGCUUCAACCACGGCGAGCGUCGCUUCUCCUGGUGGCCCCUCUUCAACACUGGGGAGAAGUAUUGCAACUGGAUGAACCCCUCGCAGGGCAUUAUCGACCCGACGUGGGUGAAGGCCCUCGUGAUCGACGACGGCCGCACGCCCGUGGCCUUCCUCACUCUGGACAUGAUCGGUGCCUCCGGCAGUGUGAUGGACAUCGCGUACGCCAUUGCCGUGUCGAGGGGCUUCACCGUACCGCGCGCCAAUGUGAUCAUGUCGGCCUCGCACACCCACUCGGGUCCCGGUGCCGUCUCGCCCGAGUUCCUGUGGGCGGUGGCACCGGCCACGGACCUGAUGGUACCCUCGCUGCAGUGGAAGCUGUCCAACUCCAUCGCCGAUGCCCUCGUCUCUGCGCAGGCCAGCCUCCAGCCUGCCACUAUCGGCCUCUCGCACACCAACCUCACCGGUGUUACUCGUAACCGUCGCGCUGGCCGCAGCCCCUAUGUAAACGCCACCACAAUUGAUCCCAACCUGUCUAUCAUCAGUGUCAACGACCUCCAGGGAAACCCCAUUGCCACCCUGUGGAACUUUGCCACGCACGUCUCGGGCGACAUUAUGGGCAAGGCCUGCGAGUUCAUUGAGAAGUCCGUCGGGGGUGUCGCCCUGUUCGUGAACGCUGACGCCGGUGACAUCGACCCCACUGCCCAGGCCUGCUCCCAGCAGCCCAACUUCUACGGCGCCCAAAUCAUUGCCAGCACCGUCGCCAAGCUGCGAUCGAGCACGCCCACCACGGGAGUGUUUGACAUGAUCGUCGCCGCCGCCGCCGCCGUCUCGCAGCUUUCGCUCACGACGGCUUCGGUGAUCGUCCCGUUCGGCUUCACCAACCUCAACGCCACCCUCGAGCGCUUCGGCGACUGCUCCUCUGGCGGCCCCUUGGACAUCUGCACCAUCUGCAAGGUGCUGCAGUGCGAUCUCAACGCGCACCUGGGUAUGUUCGGCCUCUGCGCACACAUCGAUCGCUCGGCUCGAUCGCUCAUCGUGCGAUUAUCAGACUCGGCGUGGAUCGAGAACGAGCCGCGCUUCACGGCCAUCCGAUUCGACAUCGGCGGACGCCACAUUCUGCUGGUCACCCUGCCGGGCGAGCCUCUGUACGAGCUAGGCCAGCAGGUGUACGGCGACAUGGCCGCCCUGGGAUUCGACCACACCAUCCUCGCUGGCUACUCCAACAACCACAUGGGCUACUUCGCCACCCCGCGUGAGUAUGAUGUGGGCGGUUACGAGAGCCAGCUUACGCUGUGGGGCCGAGACACGGCCGAGCAGAUCCGUGCGGGGUGUAAGACGGCCGCCGUACAGGUCGUUCCCUGA